AUGUUAGUGGAAUGUAAGUUUUCAGCGGAGGAAGGAUGCACCAAUAAUUCCGAGAAUACUGACAGUGAAACUUCAGACUCAGAAAGGUUAGAUACACAAAAAGAAAACUUGGACAGUACAUAUGUGAAGGAUACUACUUUAGUGAGUACUACUUCAGAUGAAGAUUUUUCUAAUGCCACUUCAGAUCCAGAUAUUACUCUGGAGGUGCCAGGAACUUCAGACACUCAAUCAAAACGAGUUAGAAGGAAACCUGACAGAUUUUGUUACAAUAAUAUGUGUAUUACACAGUGUAAUGAUGAUAAAGAGAUAAACCUUUUUUUUUUUUAA